AUGGUCGACUCUUCCGCUCUCAUCCGCAGGGGCCACCCCAUCACUUUCAUCAUCUUCACCUUUGUCGCCUUCAUCGUCGCUGUGAUUGCCUCGACGCUCGUUGCCGACUACAACUCGAACCACAAUGCCCCAACCGCGGGUAUCAACAACGCUACGCGCUUCCUCCUUUUCGCCGGCUGGUGGGGUUUCCUCGUCGGUGUUGUUUACACCGGCCUCUUCCUCGCUAGCGUUGGCGGUGUCCUCACCUCGAUCGCCGGUCAUGGUAUCGCCAUCUUCCUUACCUGGAUCUUCUGGCUCGCUGGUGCAGCUGCCCUCACUGACCGCACCGGCGGCUCGUUCAGCUGCACUGGAAAGGGAUACCCCUUCCCUUACUGCAACUCGACCAAGGCCCUUACCGCUUUCGCUUGGAUCGGCUGGAUCAUCCUCUGCUUCAUGCUGGCUGUCGUCGCUGCUAUCGGUGCCGGCGCUUUCAGAGGUGGCCGAUCGGUCAAGGAGUCGCUCGCCUAA